AUGUCAGGACCAAAAUCUGAUAGCUUCAAUAGGCCAUCGUCCUGUCUAAAACAGUACGAAAAUGAUGAGAUUUUUAGUAUGAUAGGUCGUCGCUGUACGGUAAGUUGUUUCUCGACAGGCCCUGAAGUCCAUAUAAGACUCACAGUCCGUAGUUGUAAAUUGAAUAGGCUUAAUCCUAGAUGUUUUGCCCAAACUUGACUUUGCAUUGCAUCACAUUUGGUUCUUUCAGACUUUAGCUACAUCCGUAGCUCAGCUUUACGUUGCUCCACCUGAAUCUCGAAACAGAUGGAAAAAGAAAUUAACAGGAGUCAUUUGCUUUGUAAAGGACAAUGGAAAGCGUUCGUACUUCCUUCGCAUGUACAGCCUUGUGGUAUGUGAGUUGCUCUCGAUGAAAUCCGCACCAAGUAUUUCAUUGUUAUCUUUUGUAAUCGCUCAGCUGAAUGACCAUUUGAUUUUGAUUUGUUGUUCACAUUUGCUUUAGACAAAGACUCUGGAGUGGGAGCAAGAGUUGUACAAUCAGUUUAAAUACGUUUCUCCAAGGCCUUACUUUCACACCUUUGCAGGCGACGUGAGUUUAUAAAGCUGGUAUUUUAUGAUAUUAGACUUAUUUAUCUGCUAUUAUAUCAGUUGUUCUAAAAAAGACAUUUUAAAAUGACACCGAGGUUUGCCAAGUGAAUUAAAAUGUAUCGAUCUAGCUAUCUUAAAGCUGGAAAUUAUGACGUAAGGUCUGGAUAAUUUUUUAAGCUAAUGCCCCCCCUCCCCUGUCCCUUACCCAGCUUAGUGUUAAGUUUCUCGGAGUUACGCACUUAUCAACGAUCAUCCAGGGGGAUUGACCAUGGGGACAUAUGUGGGUAUAGCAGGACUUGUUGACAUUUGCUGCCAAUGUUUAGUGUGGAUUGGGGUUAUUGGAUCACUUUUGUACUUUUAUUGCAAGAUCCCAAUGGAAAAAUACCCAAGGGAUUUGUAAUCCGCCUUUUUUUUCUUUUAUUUACCCUCAGCAGUAUUUAUAGCACUUAUGCUAGUGGGGCCGAUAAAACGACUGAAACAAGUAAUUCAAAUCCAAUGUAACAGGGUCAAGAAUCCCAAUUGGCCAGAGGCAAACAAGCUGGCUAUUUACAAGCAUGGUCAAGGAUUUGAACUCAGGACUACCAUGAACAAAUCCAGCUAGCGGUCAGGGAGGGACUUGAACUCGGCACCUCCAAAUUGCAAGUCCAGCGCUCUAACUGCUCGACCCGGCUGCCUCUACACUCAGUAGAGAAGAACUGGGAGAGAGAAUAGACCAAAGCCUACAUAUACCGAGAUUGUUUAACCGUUGCCAUGUUUCUAUUUUCAUAUUAGACCAGGGGGCCGUGACACAGCUCCUUAAAUGUCAUUUUCCUGUACAUGUAAUGUUACUCUAAAGGGGGGGGUACUUCAUUAUAAGAGGCUAAUGGGAUGUGCUGCUGGAUGGGGUCGCAUUUUCACAACUGGAUUGACUAUCAUAACGUCGCACAUUUUCCAAUUUUUGGGGAUAAGACAGUUCAUAUUUACGGUUAGCAAACAUACCAGAAUGUUUGUACUGUAGAAGGAAAGUGAAGUAUUCUUCAUUCAAUCUAAAGAAUGGGUCAAUUCAUUAAAAUAGAAAGUGACUAAGUUGGGAUAGCGAAAAUUUCCUAUUUGCCCAAAAGUGACUAAGAUGGGGUCUAUAAUUGGUCACAGAAUAGACUUUAAUGGGUUAAUUUUGUCUUUGUCAAUGUAUAAAAAGUUGUAUUAUUUUCAUUGUCAAAUUUUACUUUUGAUAAGUGCAUAUUUUGCACAAAAAUAAGAGUCAUGACAGAAUGGUCAUACUGAAAGAAGAAUCAGAGCAGUUUAGGUUAGUUACAAGCUCAUAUACUUUGUCCUAGCCUGCGUAGCAGGUGCUUGGAUGUAGUGGGCGCAAGAAAGAACAGGCACACGAGAGGGAGACAGGAGAAGGAACACCUGCCCGGAAGGCCCAUGAAAAUCAUCUCCAGCCCGGAAUAUAAUUACCUGGCAGCCACUGUGUGAUCUGUCAAAAAUUUUGACAGAAAACAACUGACCUCACACAAACAAAGCAUAAAGCAAAAAAGCGUUGUACAUUUUAUCCUCGGUCUAAAUAUAUCUGUUAUAAAGAUCAGCUGGAUUAUCUGAUUAUAGAGCUAUGGAACAAUAAAGUGUCAGUUAACACACAGCUUUAAAUCAUUUUUAACCAGGGCCAUAAUAAAUAGGAAAGAGCAAAGUCAAAAAUGGGUAUCUUUUAAAGAAUGCAUGGUGGGUAUUAUAAAAAGCUAUUAAAUAUUGUUCUCUGAGCUUCCUUAGUCGCAACUGUACAGACACCAACGAACAGAGUGUACAUGGAAAAUGAACAUUGCUUUUACUGCGCGAAGUGGCAACCGUUUUUGGAACAGGCAUGUCUUGCUAUGCGAACGUACACAAACUGUAGCAAGAUGUUUUCUGUUGCAGCAACAAGACAUAAACAACAGACCUGAGGUCGAUACACUAGUGAAAUUAUAGGUGUUUCAAAUUCAUGCCCCCGGUAAGUGUUUGAAUUCAUCAAUCCUGUCCAAGUUUUGAUGGUAUGCAUUCCAUCGACAACACAAGUCACCAAGUACUCCUGAGCAAAGAAUAUUUCCUCUGAUCUUCAUUUCAUCGAUUUGGCAAAUCAUUUGUCUCCCGCCACUUCUGCUAAUGCGUAUCUGAUGUCAAUUCUUUCCAUCAUGAAUACCAUUUGAACACUCCAACUUUUCUUUGAGAUUACAGCCACAUAUAUUUUAGUCCCAUUAAACCAGAUUGAAGUGACCUCCAAGACCUGAACUUCAGUUAUACCAUUUGGUGGUAUCAGGAGCUGGUGGUGUAAUAUAAGACCUUCACAACGUUGUCCAUGUACUAUUAAUUGACAGUUUUUUCUCUUAGCGCAGUUACUUUUCCCCUCGGGAGCCUUGCAACCAAUAUUAUUGGAAGUAUCCACACUCACACAAUGCAGGUUGAAACAGUUUUUGUGGGCCUUUCGGGCAGGCACUCCCUCUCCCUUUGUGUGUCUCCCCAUCGCAGGCCUGUUCUUUCUCGUGCCCACUACUUCCAAGUGCCUGCUACGCAGGCUAUUACAUAGUGUGGGCUUGUAAAUAACCUAAACUGCUUUUGAUUCUUCUUUCAUUAUGACCAUUCUGUCCUGACUCUUAUUUUUGUGCAAAAUAUACACUUAUCAAAAGUAAAAUUUGACAAAGAAUUGAUAUUAUGAUAUGUGCAUAUUUUUUUUUAGACUUAUAAUGCUGGCCUUAAUUUUGCAAAUAUUGAAGAAGCCCAUAACUUUUUCAAUGAGAUACAAAAGAAGCUGAAGGCAAAAGAACAGAGACGGCAAGGUGAUGGUUUAAAAUUGAAAAAAAAAAAUAAAAAAGGAAUAACAUAGAGUAACCCCUAAAAGAGAGACCAACCCCCAAGGAGCUUAAAUUGGGAGACCCUCUUUUGCAGUACCUCCAAGAAAAACCCCCCCAACCCCCCCCCCCCCCCUUCAUAAAUACAUUAUGCAAGUAUGGGCAAUAUACAUGUAAGUAUAUGGAUGCCCAUGUUUGGCUCAAUCCAUUGCCCCACAAAGGGGAUAAAGCCAAAAUAUCCAGGAUUUUGUCUGUGCCUUUGUGAUCCUGUUUUACAUUCUUUUUUUUACUGAUAAGUUUAUGCCAUACAGGCGCCAAAGUUUUUUGUACAGAGUCAUGUAUCAAAUUCUGAAACUAACAAAAAGUUGACUGAUUUGUAGAUAGAAGAAAGGACACUUCAAGGAACAAACAGCAACCACCCCCUCCAGCCCUAGGAGGAAAUGUGGACAUAAACAAAAGAGCUUCUUUACAGAACAAUGGUGAGAUAAUAAUAAAAAUUAUCAAACUCCUCCAUGAGGAGGCCAGUCCAUCCACUUUAAAGUUGUUUUCAGGAAAACAAGCAUAGUGGGCCCGGCCAUGACAUAUUUAGCCCAGAUCCCAAGCCGCCAAAAACAAUGAGCACCUAGCAGGAGACAGAAGAAACAUCCACUGUACUUUUACCUUGAAAUAACAAGAACAACAAACUUUUGCAAAAAGAAGUUACAAUUUAUUAUUUUGUGACCACAUGUGUUUCUUCAUAGAGUAGAUAUAUAUAAACUGGUAGAUUCUCCUGUUACCUGUCUGUAUGGAACCAAGGGAUUCAAUUACCCAAUACUUCAUACUCAAGAAAGGUUUUAUGAUUGUGUUUUCUCCAAAGAUAAUUUUAGCAACAUGAGCCACUCACCAUCUCAGACAAGUCUUUCAUCAUUGGAUGCUCCAUCAAUGCAAAGAAAAAAAAGUAAGGAACGUAAAGAGAAUAAGUCCAGCUCUGGUAAUAACAAGAAAGGUGCAAAGAGAAAGCUCACCAAAGAUGACAUUGGAAAACCUGAGAACUUUAAGUAAGUUGUAAUGGUAAACUAAUACUGUUAGUAUGUUCCGGUCAUGAGAUUUAUUUUAAAGCAGAUACUGUAAAUAACAUAUUGGUAAAUAUCAAAUAUUGCUGGCAAAACAUUUUUUUUUUCAUUUUCACAGGCAUGUUGGACACAUUGGUUGGGAUCCUCAAGGUGGAUUUGAUGUAAGCAUACCCACAAUUAGUUAGCAUUUCAUUGCUAUUAAUAUUGUAGUAAUUGCAAGUAAUGUCCGUCUGGAGUCAUUUUUCAUUAGAUGAGUCCCAGGAUUCACAAUACUAUUUUUUAACAAAAUCACUGUACCUGGUUCCAUAUUGUUAAUGAUAAGCAAAAUAAUCAUGACUUAUAAUCAACACCACCCAAAAGGUUUCUGUUGGUGGAGGUGGUGGUGGUAUUUAUGUAAGGUGAAGGUAAAGACGCACACGGGCCAAAGGCCCAAAUGGCCGGAGCUUAUCCCAUUUUUCGUAGCAUAGAGCACCUAGGAGUAUUACUACCCGCGGGAGAGGAUGCAAGUCCAUCCAGGAUUACCCCCCAGCAGUAUGUCAGCGAUUCCCAUUUAUACACCUGUGUGAAGAGAGACAAGGUGUAGUGAAGUUCCUUGUCUAAGGAAACAACACACAAUGGGCGAGGCUUGAACGCCGGACCUCCAGAUCCAGUGUUUGAGGUGUUAACCACUCAGCCACACUUGCCUCCACAAUUAUUUAGAUGUUAAUCCAACACUCAGCUGUACAACUGAUUUUUUUUAAAACUCAUUCAUGUUUUUAUUGCAGAUUGACAAUGUGCAAAUGGAUGACAACUGGAAAAAACUCUUUGAUUUGGUUGGUGUGACUGAUGAACAGAAGCAAACAAAGGAAACCAUGGAGUUCAUUUAUGACUUUGUGGAGAAAAGGGGUGGAAUUGAAAAUGUUACACGGGAAAUAGAGAUGGAGAAAUUCAGGGGCCCUCCAACAUUGCCUUCUAGAGAUUUAGGUGAUUAUCUCAUAACUGCAUAUAAUGAAAGAGAAACGUUACUUGUUAGUAUUUCUUGGCCAGUGUAUGUCAAUGUUUCCAUUUGUCACUGACUUAGUAAAGGCUUUACUAUGAUUGUGUGAUUACUAGCACAUGGAAACUGCCUAUGGUGAAAGAUGAUUUUGUGAGAUAUCUUAUGGUGGUUAGAUAAGGUGUAUGUACAACAGGUCACUUUCUAUGGUAAAAUUAUGCCAGCAUUUUCUGUUAGGAUAGUCUACAGCCAGACAGACUAGUUUUGAUUGACAAAUGCUCGUCUUGAGAAACUUUUUCGACUUUUUGUUUUCAGCACCUCCAGCCCCUUCCAGAGGCCAAUCCCGAGGACCUCCACCUCCCCCACCCCCCUCACGAGGGGCCCCACCACCACCUCCAGCCAGGGUAGGAGGAGCUCCACCACCACCUCCCCCAUCUCGUGGUGGCCCUCCACCUCCUCCUCCCUCAAGAGGAGCCAUGCCACCUCCUCCCCCUCCCAUGUCUAGAGCACCUCCUCCUCCUCCAGCUGGUGUACCCCCUCCACCAGCCCCUCCCCCUCCCCCACCAGUUGGUGGAAUGCCUCCACCGCCACCACCCAUGGGCCGAGGUGGUCCCCCACCCCCUCCUCCUGUUGGUGGUGGUCGAGGGAGUCUACUGGACCAGAUUCAUCAAGGAGCCUCACUUAAGAAGGUAACACCUAAUGAAAGGAGGAGUAGCAGCUCUGAUGGAAGGAGUGGCUUGCUUAGUGAUAUCAGAACUGGUGUACAACUCAAGAAGGUAAUAACAAUUUACUACAUUGUAAGCUAAAAAUAUCUCAGACUGACAAACUAAUUAAAAAAUAAAAUCCUCUCUUGGUACAAUUCAUGCAUUAUGGACCAAACACAAGAUCAAGAUAGCUGGAUACUUACCAAGUUCUUUUUUAUGUUUUCAUGAACCAAGAAAGUUGAGGUCUAUAAAAACCCCAAAAACAAUGAGGCCAAUAUCCAGUCAUCUUGACCAAACUAGCUUGGUCAUUAAGGAUUUAUUAUAUGGCCAAAAAGAGAACUUUUUCUUGCGGAACCAAUGCAGGAAAUCUCGAGCGGGCAAGGCGGCCUCAUCAUGCUUAUUUGGGUAGCUAGUCAGACAGACAAAGUAUUCACUUCAUCAUUUCUGCUCACAGAUUAAGCCAGGUAAUAAGUAAAAUACAAUACAAAGCCCUUAUUUAAACACAGCGUGAGGAGUAAGUUGUAACGUGAUUCAUCUGAUCUUGUUAACAGGUAUCAGAAGCGGAUGGUAAUUCAAAGCCUAAGCCUCCUGCCGGUGCUGAUGGUGGGGGUAUAUUAGGUGCUCUUCAAAUGGCAUUGGAAAAUAUCAAGAAAGACACUCACUCCUCAGGUAUUCUUUAUUAUUAAAAUGCAGGGAGCUGCAGGGUUACCAGACUGGUUACCCUCUAACCUCCUCUGGUGUUCUGGGCUCCAAUAUAGUAAUGUACAUAGAUCGUGAAAAGUUUUCGUGACCUCCAUACUAUCUGAGAGUCUAACACAAGUUUGUUGCCCUCAAAAUGAAGCACCCGGUAUUUGCUGGUGGAUAGAAAGACAAUGCUUUAUAAUUGUGCUUCUGCUCUGAACUGUUAGUACUUAAGUACUUUUUACUGUUACUGACAAUUGAAACGGUUGUUCAGACUUCUGUUAAUAGUAGUAGGUUCCUUUUCAGGUGAGUGUAAUAGUCCGGGUGUUCGUUUUUGUUUAGUUCAUCUUCGGACAGAUAAGGGUAACGCUAGGCGUCUAUGGAGUAACGUUUGAUUUAAGACGUGUAUUCUUCAAGAACUGUUGUUAACUUGAACUGUUUUUGUUGAAUAUUUCAGAUAGUGAAAGUGGUGAAAGUGGCUCUGAAUUUGAGGAUGAUGAAGAUGAAUGGAUGGACUAACCUCGUGACAUGUCAUGAAUUUCUGUCCCGUCGUAUUAAACUCAAACUAAUAAGUAGUUUUUCUCAGUGAUCUGGAUGCCAGGUGGUCGAGCAAGUCUAAACCACUUGAAGUCGAAUAACUCUCAUUUUAAAUGGUGUUAAAUUAAUUUAAUUUCACUAAUAUUAACGUAGCUUCGCCUUCAAGCAAACUGAGGCUUGACUCUGCAAUCAAAAGCUCUAUUUUCCGUUCCAUUUUGGAACAAAGCAACUGUAUAUUCGUAUCUCACCGAAAGUUGAUCGUUCAGGUUUUAUGAUUGUAUCUGAUACUGGUCACAGGAACCUUCUUUUCUUAUGGCGAACUGGGUUUGGAUGGUUUUCAGGUUUCAUUGUGACGACUUGGUAUUAACUUUUGAUUUUUCCAAUACAAUUUUUAGACAUGAAUAACCCUUCUGGGCGUAAUAAAUGUGCGUCAUUUCCAUUAUUUGAUGUUUAUUGUCAGUUAAUUCAUUGUUUUGAUGGUCAAUGAUUAUGUUUUAGUUCUUCGGAAAUUAUAAGUGUUCGUAACAUAUCGUCUUUGUUUGUGUGCUUCUCAAACGCCCAUUUAUCAUCGUCACGCAAAAAUAAGCGUAGCUGUGUGUUGUGUUGUAAAUCAUAAACGUUGUAAGUGCCGGAACAGUGAUGAAUAAGCUAGAACCCUAAAUCUGAUACCGACUUUCUGAACGGAACACUAUGCUUGCCGGAACAAAUGCACUGUAAGCCGGUAAAUGUAUUAAACUGAUUUUGCGCUUUUUUGUCAUGAGCUAAGUAGU